UCCUCGAGGGCGGGGAGAGGUGGCAUUCGAGUCCUCCGGUAUCCCAGCAGGCAGUGCAGCCGGGAGACGCUGACAAAGAAGCGGAGGAGCAGUCGCAGCUGCUUUUCAAGGAGCUAGUGUUGCCAAGAUUGCCAAAAUGCUUUGGAGUUUUUAGCUGAAACUCAGAGAAGUCCAAAAUAAACCCGAGAUUGUAAAAACAGAAGCUGCAGUCGGGGAUUUAGUGCCAAUGCAUCAACAAAAAAGACAACCAGAGUUAGUGGGAGGGAAUCUUCCGGUUUUCGUGUUUCCCACGGAGCUCAUAUUUUAUGCUGAUGAUCAAUCAACACAUAAGCAAGUGUUGACUCUGUACAAUCCCUAUGAGUUUGCCUUAAAGUUCAAAGUUUUGUGUACUACUCCAAAUAAGUAUGUUGUCGUUGACGCUGCAGGUGCAGUAAAGCCUCAGUGUUGUGUGGAUAUUGUGAUCCGUCACAGAGACGUUCGAUCCUGUCACUAUGGUGUAAUAGACAAGUUCCGCCUCCAAGUUUCUGAGCAAAGCCAGAGGAAGGCUCUAGGAAGGAAAGAGGUCGUUGCCACUCUUCUGCCGUCCGCAAAAGAACAACAUAAGGAAGAAGAGGAAAAGAGAAUAAAGGAGCAUUUAAGUGAAAGUUUAUUUUUUGAGCAGUCAUUUCAACCAGAAAACAGAAGUGUGUCCUCAGGACCUAGUUUACUGACCGUCUUCCUGGGAGUGGUGUGCAUUGCAGCCCUGAUGCUUCCUACACUGGGGGAUGUGGAAUCGCUGGUGCCUCUCUACCUCCACUUAAGCGUGAAUCAGAAACUAGUGGCUGCUUAUAUCUUAGGUCUUAUUACAAUGGCUAUACUUAGAACAUGAGCAAGGAUUUCAGUAGACUUCUGAAGGAAAUUUAUUUUGAAAAUAUAAAUGUGGACUGCCUUUUAUCUCUUUCACUCCAUUAACAUGCUAUAAAGUAUUGAAUUAUUUCAAAUAAUAGCAAAUGUAUAAUAUAUAUUUUAAAUUGCUCUAUAAUUUUAUUUGAAAGACUCCAGUACAUUAUGUUACAGACAACAAUGACGCUUCUGAGUGGUACCUAGGAAAUUCUUUGAAGAAAUUUUUUAUAUCUAUAUCUAUUGUGCAAAAGACUUUAAUGAAAACAUUUCUUUUUUUUCUGAUUCCCUUUGAUUGUUAAGCAUCAUGUGCCCUUCAAAGUUAAAGCCUAAAAGAGCAAAUUGAUCAGCCUAAUAAGUAGAACCUACAUGUAUUUCCUAGCUUCAAAGAUCGAUAUUACUAUGUAAGUUAAGCCAUCCCCUCUUAUUAUUAUGAACAGUUGCCAUGGUGUUUCUAAAGUAAGAGUUUCACAAUUAUUUUGUGGUGGGUAAAAGUGAAAAGCAAAAAAUUCCAAGGGAUCAUACUAAUCCUGGGGAGUUAGAGAAGACAGGACAUUUUCCAUUCAUCUUGUAAACUACAGAAUGGGUUGUGGUCCAGAUACCAAGCACAUGGCUUGUUUUUCAGCCUAAUAGCAAUAGAGUUACCUCUCUAUCUACAUUUUAGAGCAAGGGAGGCAUUUGUUUAUUUUUUUUGGCUGGUCCUCUAGUUAUUGCUUUAUGUUAAUAGGGGGAAAUCACUUUCUCUUUUCCUCCCAGUCCCUUGCCUCCCUGACUGUGACAUGCCCGGAUUAUCAUGUAGCAGGUGGUUAAUGUGGAGAUGAUUUUUCAUCCCAAAACGCUAAGCCAAGAAUAGGAAACCCUUGAUACCUGUGUCUAUUUUAUAACAGUCACUGAGAGAUUUUUUAAGUUUUUAUUUAUUUUUAAAACAACUUUACCAAAAAAAAUCCCCUAAGCACAACUACUUAGUUUUCUUUAUAGUCUCUUAGAUCUCUGACAUAUAUAUGCAGUUUCAACUGUUAUGAUAGUAAUUGAUGUUUUUUCCUUAGGAUUUGUAUCUGAAAGCACAAUGCAUUAAAAAGUCUCUUGAAAAUUCUCUUUCAGAUCUUUUUACAGAAUGAACUUAUGCACUGCUACUGUAGCAUUCUCAAGGAAUAUACAUGAACACAAAUGUAUGCUUGAGGUUGAUUUUAGCAGGAAACAGUACUCUGCUUCUGAAGGCUUUUAUGACUAGUCUUUCUUUGAAAACCUUCAUUGUGUAACCAUUUGUGGAGUCUGGAUUGUUAAAUGGAUUAUGUCUGUACAUUGUAUAAUGACUGAAAGCACAUAAAUGUUAAUCUACUUUGAACUUUGUAAAAAAAAAAAAAGAAACAACCUUAUGUUUGGACGCUAUCUUUGUUUAUCCAUCUCAAAUAUUCUAUGUGUGCAUGCACAUGCAGGUGCACGCAUGUGUAUGUACGUGUGUGAUAACACAUUGUAAAGAACAGAGAUUCCUUUAAGAAAUAAAAGAAAAAUAGA